AUGAGCUCCCAGAUUCGUCAGAAUUAUCCUACUGAAGUGGAGGCUGCCGUCCACCGCCUGUUCAACAUGCAUCUGCGGGGCGGGCACACUUACCUCUCUCUGAGCUUCUAUUUCGACAGCAGCAAUGGGACUCUGGACGGUGUGGGCCACUUUUUUCGCCAACUGGCCGAGGAGAAGUGUGAGGGCGCCCAGCAUCUCUUGAAAAUGCAAAACCGGUGCUGUGGCCGCGCCCUCUUCCAGGAUGCGCGGAAGCCUUCUCAAGAUAAGUGGGGUGAAACCCAGGACGCUGUGGAAGCCGCCAUUCUCAGGGAGAAGAACCUGAACCAGGCACUAUCGGAUCUGCGCGCCCUGGGUUCUGCCCGCGCAGACUCCCACCUCUACGACUUCCGGGAGAGCCGCUUCCGGGAGGAGCAGGUGAAACUCAUCAAGAAGAUGGGCGACCACCUGACUAUCCUCCGCAGGCUGGCUGGUCCGCAGGCUGGGCUGGGCGAGUAUCUCUUUGAAAGGCUCACCCUCGAGCACGAACAGGAGUCUCUGAAGUCCAGCGGCCUCUGA